UCCUCCUGCCAGAUUUUGCAAAAUGGAAGAAGAAAUCGCAGCGCUCGUCAUCGACAAUGGCUCCGGCAUGUGCAAAGCUGGCUUUGCAGGCGAUGAUGCCCCCCGUGCCGUGUUUCCCUCCAUCGUGGGGCGCCCGAGGCACCAGGGUGUCAUGGUUGGCAUGGGACAGAAGGACAGCUAUGUGGGUGAUGAGGCCCAGAGCAAGAGAGGAAUUCUCACCCUGAAGUACCCCAUUGAGCAUGGUAUUGUCACCAACUGGGAUGACAUGGAGAAAAUCUGGCAUCACACCUUCUACAAUGAGCUGCGUGUGGCUCCUGAGGAGCACCCUGUCCUGCUCACAGAGGCUCCUCUGAACCCUAAGGCCAACAGAGAGAAGAUGACACAGAUCAUGUUCGAGACCUUCAACACCCCAGCCAUGUACGUUGCCAUCCAGGCCGUGCUGUCCCUGUACGCCUCUGGUCGUACCACUGGGAUUGUUAUGGACUCUGGGGAUGGUGUCACCCACACCGUGCCCAUCUACGAGGGCUACGCUCUGCCCCACGCCAUCCUGCGUCUGGACUUGGCUGGCCGUGACCUCACCGACUACCUCAUGAAGAUCCUGACAGAACGAGGCUACAGCUUCACCACAACAGCCGAAAGGGAGAUUGUCCGUGACAUCAAGGAAAAGCUGUGCUAUGUUGCCCUAGACUUCGAGCAGGAGAUGGCCACUGCUGCCUCCUCCUCUUCCCUGGAGAAGAGCUAUGAGCUGCCCGAUGGCCAGGUCAUCACCAUUGGCAACGAGCGAUUCCGGUGUCCGGAGGCCCUUUUCCAGCCCUCCUUCCUGGGCAUGGAGUCUUGUGGCAUCCAUGAGACCACUUUCAACUCGAUCAUGAAGUGUGAUGUAGACAUCAGGAAGGACCUGUAUGCCAACACAGUAUUGUCUGGUGGUACCACGAUGUACCCUGGAAUUGCUGACAGGAUGCAGAAGGAAAUCACAGCCCUGGCACCUAGCACGAUGAAGAUCAAGAUCAUUGCCCCACCUGAGCGCAAAUACUCAGUCUGGAUCGGUGGGUCCAUCCUGGCGUCUCUAUCCACCUUCCAGCAGAUGUGGAUCAGCAAGCAGGAAUAUGAUGAGUCCGGCCCAUCCAUUGUCCACCGUAAAUGCUUCUAAACGGACUGCUGGCAGGUGCCUGCACCUGCUGCAUGGGUUGUUUCACUAGUAUACGUUUGCCCAGGCAAAUCGAUACACCUCAUGCUAGCCUCAUAAAACUGGAAUAAGCCUUCUUUCAAAAGAAAACUUGCCCUUGGAAAGUCUGUAUCUGAUGUUAGACAAAUGUCAGCACUGGAUUGUUGAGCUGUCACUUGAUUUGACCUUGUAUUCAAGUUAACUGUCCCUCAGUGUCCACCUUAGCGCAGUACCCUGUACACAUCUGGCCCGGGCCUUGGGCAGGGGCCUUGCUGCGGGGACGCAGAUCUGUACAGGGUAUUUGGAGUCAGACUUCCAGUACAUUCAGUGUGGAGUAUUCCAGAUUUCGUGUAGAGGCUGGUAGGAGUCCAUCAAGAAUUCACUUCUGUUGCUGCCGUUCUAGCAAGGUUGGGAAACAUAUCACAUCCAAGCCUUAUGAACCAGUCUUCAUUUUCCUCCCCACCUCUAUCCUGGUAAAAACAUCAUGGGGCUGAAGUUCCUCAACUUGAGUUGCAGAAACUUUGCAUUUACACCUGUAAAUUUAUGCAUCAAGUUUAAUUUAUGUAAGAUUUUUGUACGUUGCCUUAAUGUUCUCACAUGACAGUAGGAAACCAAAAUUUGUAAGUCAUCCUAAAGUUGAGAAAUUGUAAUGCCCAACAACACAUCAUUGUGUAAGGAAAAUAAAAAAGCGCUGCAGUUAA